AUGUACCUUCCGCCAUAUCAGUUUCCGACACUGUGUGAAACUAUGUCCAAAUUGGGAUUGGAGAUAGGAACAAAACACCAUACACGCGAUGGCUUCGUGCAAAUGACUGGUUAUAUAAGCAAAAAGAUGAAGGACACCUUGAUCGACUACCUAAGAAAAAACCAAUCUCCAUUCUCACUCUUAGUGGAUACAUCCACGGAUCCUGAUAGCAAGCAAAUCCUUUUACUCUUUGUGCGUUUUCCGGAUCGAACUACGUUGCAUCCCACAACCCACUUUCUUGAAGCGCUCGAACUGCUGGAACCUGAGACGGGUAAAUACAUUUUCGAGACGAUUUAUGCGUACUUUCGAAAAACAGGGUUGCUCAACGAGUUUGUUUGGAACCUUGUUGCGGUAGCCACGAAUGGAGCAUCUGUAAUGACUGCACAAGGAGGGCUUCGAGGCAUACUCAAUACGAACAUCUCGCAAUCUCGUAAAGAUAUCUUGGCAGCAAGAGGUGCUAAGCAGGAGGAGAUGAAUGCGGCUGACCCAGUCAUAUGGGUGCACUGCAUGGCACACAAAAUUGAACUCGCUUUAGCUGAUGCUCUGGCUAAAGCCAGCGAGGCAUUUUUGCAAUGGAGGAAGUUCGCGACAGCAUAUCUCAACAAGUUGCGUUCUUAUUUUGCAGCUCCAUCACGGAGACGUGUCCUAUUAGAAAUGGACAAGUCUUUGGAAAAUGAACGCUUUAUCAACUUGAAACGGAUAAUCGCGAUAAGAUGGACUUCGUCAGAAGAAAACGGUAUCCACAGCUUCCUGAAAAUGUACAAGCAUGUGUGGCUUGCCUUGGAAAAAAUAUCAGAGACUGCGAAUGCCAAUAAAGAACGCUUGAAAACAGCAGCAUUCUUGAACGUCAUCAAAUCCUUGAAGUUCUACAGAUACAUGGUAUUCCAGUUACAAGUGCUAGGAGAGAUCGGCACACUGUCAAGAAAUGCACAGGUGUGCCCUCCAUUAGGCCAGUUAUUUCUGUGA